CUGAGUGGAACAUCAUGUGUCGGGAGUGUUGUGAAUACGAUCAGGUUAAAUGUGCCUGCCCUGGAAAGAAAGAAGUGGUGGGUUAUACCAUCCCUUGCUGCAGGAAUGAGGAGAAUGAAUGUGACUCCUGCCUGAUUCACCCAGGUGAGUGUGCAAUGGGAGACCUCAGGUUGCCUUCAUGUUUUCUGAGGUCAGUAAUAGGAGCACGCUGAACACUUGAAUUCUGACAGGUAGACAUCAGGAGGCUGUGAUGCCAUGAUGAUUAAAAGUGGCAUAAUUCAACCCACUCUAACUACAGGCAAAGGAAUUGGAGGAGUUAGUACCCUUUUCAGUGUUAAGCUUAUAAUGCUGUAGAUUUAUCUACUUAGUCAUUCAUUUAACAAAUAGACUGAGCAGCUCCUUUAUACCAUGACAGGUAGUGGGAAUACAGUGAUUUUUAAAAAGACACAUUCCUGGCAUUUCCAGAGCUUACAGCUUAGUGGGCGAGAUGGAGGAGUAAACAGGUGGCUGUAAUGCAGCCUGGCAGGUGCUGUGACAGAGAAGCAUGGGUACCAUGGGAGUCUGGAUGCGGAUGUGGGUGGAUGACUUAUUAGAGGAGGUGAUACGUGUGCUGAAGAUGGAAGCAGCAAACUGAAAAGCAUGAAGGGGAGCCAGUCGAGAGGUCAGGCCAUAGAGAAUAGCAUGUGAUAAGGCCCUGUGGCAAGAGAAAGCAUGGAGUUUAGGGAAUUGCAAGUAGCUCAGUCUGCCUGGAGGGGUGUGUGUGUGUGUGUGUGUGUGUGUGUGUGUGUGUGUGUGUGUGUGUGAUGAGAAACAUGGAAAGAGAUAGAUCAAAGACUGAGAGAAUAAUCUGAAGGAGAGAACAGGGGGCUCCAAGCCAAAGGGCUUUGGAGGCUGUACUAUGAUGUUUAGGCUACAUCCUGAAGAUAUUUGGUAACAUUGGAGAUCUUUUCAUUAAAAAGGUAAAAGCUGGGCUUCCCUGGUGGCGCGGUGGUUGGGGGUCCGCCUGCCGAUGCAGGGGACGCGGGUUCGUGCCCCGGUCCGGGGGGAUCCCACAUGCCGCGGAGCGGCUGAGCCCGUGGGCCAUGGCCGCUGGGCCUGCGCGUCCGGAGCCUGUGCUCCGCGGCGGGAGGGGCCGCAGCGGUGGGAGGGGCUGCAGCGGUGGGAGGCCCGUGUACCGCAAAAUAAAUAAAUAAAUAAAAAUAGAAGUGACCUCAGUAUAACCUUUGCACAUUUGAUCCAGAAAAGAAACCCACCGUUCCAAUUCCCUGAUGGUGAGAAUGGUUUGUAGGGAAAUAGUUGAGUAGUGCCUCCAAAUUUUCUAAGGAAAUUUUGAGAGCUAAGCCAGGGUCUCCUGACUAGGGGUCCUUAGCAGGGAUUCUGAAGUCUUUGAACAAUUUUCAAUAUUUUCAAAAGCCUAGCGAUUACUGUUAUGGGGCUUUGAUUUAAUGAGCUGGCAUGAGGUCGUGGAAUAAAUAAGAGACCUUCAUAGGCAGUGCUGUGCGCUUCCUACUGCAUCAUACAGAAGGGCAUCAACGUCUGCCACGCCUGCACCCAGCAUCUUAUUACAUCAUACAGGAGGCGCCCAAUAUUACCACGUCGACUGGUGCUAGGAAGGAUCUUUCAGACUGAGUAGUGAAGAACUGUCCCAUAUCAACCAUCUGGUUGCCUUGAAAGGAGAGGCGAGAGAAAGGCUUUUUUAGAAAAAAAGAUUUUCAAAAAUAGUGAAUUGGUGUCCUAGCAGUCCCUACUGGUGAUCAAAGAGGUUUCUCUGUGUGUGUGUCAUUAUGAAUGCAGGCAUUUUAAUUUAUUUAUAUGAUUUAAUCCAUUUCAGUCAUUAUUUAUUUUAAUGCACACAACUCAUAACACUGGGUGCCCCUUUAUGUCUUUCUGUGUUCUUCUGACAUGACUACACUGUUUUUGAAGACUUCUUGAUUUCUCGCAUGACAAGAUAUUUUAACCUCUUCUUGUAUAUUUUCUGCCCCAGAUCUGGAAUCAGCCACUUCUCAAAACAACUUUGGUCUGAGACCACGAUCUGGUCACCUGAGGUGUGCCUUGCUAUUGGACUGUCAUUGUUACAAGGUUUUGUUUGUAUGUUUUUUUAAGUGGAUGGAGCUGGAAGACAUGUAUUUUUUAAAAUGAAUUUUUGCUGCUACUCAAGUUCAAAUGUAAUAUUCCAAGGUUGUUAAUUAACUUCUUUGAUUUUAUAUUUGUAUGUCUUUUCUCUCAUGGUGAAAAUCCUGUUUCCUGAUAAUAUUAACCUAAUCACCUACUUGCUUUAUCUCAUAAUUGUACAAAACAGCUACAGCACUAUUGGUAUUAGUAAUAAGACCACUGAUGACAGUGAUUUUUAUUCACCUUAGAAUAUAUCUCACUGAGUAUAUAGAGUCAAAAUACUAUGUUUUAAAGCCAAUUGAUGUAGUUCUUUUGUCUGUGGUGUUAUAACAUCUACCUGAUGUGUAGUUAGGUUUGUUGUUUCUACCUGUUUUCUAUAUUUGACAAUACAAGCAAAUAUGUGUGUGCGUUUCUGUAUCUUUCCCCUUCUUGCGCAAAAGACAGCAUAACAGCCGUAAACACUGCUAACUGCGUUGCUUUUUUCUCUUAACAAUAUAUGCUGGAGAUCACUCACGGACAGUAAUAAAGCAGUUUUCUUUUCCCGUUUCUUUUUACAGUUGCAUGUAACUGCAUCAUGUGGAUUACCAUAGUUCAUGAGUCUUCGGGUUGUUUCUAGCUUUUUGCUGUUAUAAAUACUACUCUAGUGGAUAGCCUCAGGCAUACAUCAGCUAGUAUUUUUGCAGCAUAUCUUUGGGGUACAUUCCUGGAAGAAGAAUUGCUGCAUCAAAGGGAGGUGCAUAUGUCAUUUUGCCAGCCUUUGCCAAAUUCUCCUCCAGGCAUUGGCAUUCACAGCAGCCGUACGUGAGCGUACCGUUUUCCCGAAGUCUUGCGACAGAGUGUGCUGUUUUGGAAUUUUGUCAGUCUCAAAGGUUGUACCAUCUUUGAAAACUGCAAGACGUGCCGAAACGGCUCGUGGGGGGGUACUCUGGACGACUUCUACGUGAAGGGCAUCUACUGUGCAGAGUGCCACGCGGGCUGGUACGGAGGAGACUGCAUGCGAUGUGGCCAGGUUCUACGAGUCCCAAAGGGUCAGAUUUUGUUGGAGAGCUACCCCCUGAAUGCUCACUGCGAAUGGACCAUUCACACCAAACCUGGGUUUAUCAUCCAGCUAAGGAUUGUCAUGUUGAGCCUGGAGUUUGACUACAUGUGCCAGUACGACUAUGUCGAGGUCCGUGACGGGGACAGCAGCGACAGUCAGAUCAUCAGGCGUUUCUGUGGCAACGAGCGGCCAGCUCCCAUCCGAAGCUCGGGUUCCUCGCUCCACGUCCUCUUCCACUCAGAUGGCUCCAAGAACUUUGACGGCUUCCAUGCCAUCUUUGAGGAGAUCACAGCCUGUUCCUCGGCGCCGUGUUUCCAUGACGGCAGUUGCCUUCUUGACAACACCGGAUCUUACAAGUGCGCCUGCCUGGCAGGCUACACCGGGCAGCGCUGUGAAAAUCUCCUUGAAGAAAGAAACUGCUCAGACCCUGGGGGCCCAGUCAAUGGGUACAAGAAAAUUACAGGAGGCCCUGAGCUUAUCAAUGGGCGCUAUGCAAAAAUUGGCACCGUCUUGACCUUCUUUUGUAACAACUCCUAUGUUCUUAGCGGCAAUGAGAUGAGAACUUGCCAGCAGAAUGGAGAGUGGUCGGGGAAACAACCCAUCUGCAUAAAAGCCUGUCGAGAACCAAAGAUCUCAGACCUGGUGAGACGGAGAGUUCUUCCAAUGCAGGUUCAGUCAAGGGAGACGCCAUUACACCAGCUAUACUCAUCAGCCUUCAGCAAGCAGAAGCUGCAGGACUCCUCUACCAAGAAGCCAGCCCUUCCCUUUGGAGACCUGCCCCCUGGGUACCAAUACCUGCACACCCAGAUCCAGUAUGAGUGCAUCUCACCCUUCUACCGCCGCCUGGGCAGCAGCCGGAGGACAUGUCUGAGGACUGGGAAGUGGAGUGGGCGUGCCCCGUCCUGCAUCCCUAUCUGUGGGAAAACUGAGAACGUCACUGCUCCGAAGACCCAGAGGACGCGCUGGCCGUGGCAGGCUGCCAUCUACAGGAGGGCCGGUGGGGUGCACGGGAGCAGCCUGCACAAGGACACGUGGUUCCUCGUCUGCAGCGGUGCCCUGGUCAAUGAGCGCACCGUGGUGGUGGCUGCCCACUGCGUCACCGACCUGGGGAGGGUCACCGUGAUCAAGACAGCAGACCUCAAAGUCGUCCUGGGGAAGUUCUACAGGGAUGAUGACCGGGAAGAGAAAAGCAUCCAGGGCUUGCGGAUUUCUGCAAUCAUCCUGCAUCCCAACUACGACCCCAUCCUGCUGGAUGCGGACAUCGCCGUCCUGAAGCUCCUGGACAAGGCUCGCAUCAGCACCCGCGUCCAGCCCAUCUGCCUGGCGGCCCCUCGGGACCUCAGCACCUCCCUCCAGGAGUCCCGCAUCACCGUGGCGGGCUGGAAUGUCCUGGCAGAUGCGAGGAGCCCCGGCUUCAAGAAUGACACGCUGCGCUCGGGGGUAGUCAGUGUGGCGGACUCGCUGCUGUGUGAGGAGCAGCACGAAGAGCACGGCAUCCCGGUGAGCGUCACAGACAACAUGUUCUGUGCCGGCUGGGACCCCGCUGCGCCUUCUGACAUCUGCACAGCAGAGACGGGCGGCAUCGCAGCCGCGUUCUUCCCGGGGCGGGCGUCCCCUGAGCCCCGCUGGCAUCUGGUGGGGCUGGUCAGCUGGAGCUAUGACAAGACAUGCAGCCACAGCCUCUACACAGCCUUCACCAAAGUGCUGCCCUUUAAAGACUGGAUCGAGAGAAACAUGAAAUAAGCCUCAGGCCCAUCAAGAGGCACUUCCAUGCAUCCUUCCGUAAGUGUGUUGCCCAAGGCAUCGUGGACCUGAAAUGUGAAUCUGCCCAUGAAUUUGGCUGUGCCAGGGCUUCUGAUGUCACACCAGUGGAGGGCGAGUCGAGCUUACUUUCUGGUAGGCCACUGCCUCCCUGACUGCUGGGACCAUUUGCAAGAUACCAGGGCUGCUUGCAAGAACUCAGUUUCUUCAAAAUUGACUACAUGAAUAGCAAAGCAAUCCUCCCCAUUCAACCGGCCCCAGUGGCCUUCCCCACCUGCCCUUCAGUGGUGCGAAUGCCAUGGUCAGCUGUGGUCGAGAGAGGUCUCCUCCAAGGCUCCAGCCAGACAGAGUUCCAGAGAGCCGCCUGCAGGACAGUCCCGGACAGCGGAGCCUGGCUGCGGCACUGGUGUCCGUGCACACUGCCACGUCACGGGGUGGUCCUUUUCCUUCCCAGUCCCCUGUACACACUUUAAUAAAACAAGGGUUGGCUUCUGACCCACGGAACGAAUGUGCCAUGGCUCUGAUUCCUGCAUGCAGCCUCUUUGAGCUACGUGUGUUGGGACCAAUGGCUGGGUGGCAGCCCUUUAAGAGAGAUCCUAGAUUAUCAUUCCCAAAUAAUGCAUAGAGCAAAGCCGAUGCCAUCUUUUCAAUACCAGUGCUUGCAACUUGCUGGGCCUUCAGGUGGGGGAGAGGGAGGUUGGGCACCAUCAGAUAAGGCACAAACAGAGGAAAAUACCAGGGAUUUGAGGAUUUCUAGUGUCCCCUCUUUUUCUUAUGCUCUAGAUCAAGCACAAAACCCUGCUUUGAAUCUCUAGAAAUCUUGAGGACCUAUUUUCGUAGCAUCUGAACGGGAAUCACCUAUAUACUCACACUCGAUUGAGAUAUGCCAAGAAACUGCAGCUUCAUUCUUCUCUAUAACUUAUAUGGUUUUCCUUUCAAGCCCCACCCCUGGCUCCCACUGGAUAGUGGAGGGAAAAAAAAUGAGUUGAAUCCAAUCCAAUCCCUGAAAUGAUCUUUUCAGGAACAUUCUCUGUUUUGGGUGACUCACUCUUUUAUCCUUUCUCCCCUACCCUCCCCAGUUUCCUCCUUUCCAAGAUGUCCCAUGGAGGCUUACGUGGCUUCUAGCCCCGGGACACACACAGUAGGACUCCUGAGUUCCUGCUGGCUCUUGGGUGUGUGUGGUGGGACUUUCUCAUUCCUGGGCAUUUUGCCCGCACUGGGUGCUCGUGUCUGUAACUACUGCAACUGGUGCUGUGUUCUCUGUUUCCCUGGGGCCGGCGGUCCUCCCCGCUGACUUAGCUGCUCGUCAGGUCUGGCUGGCUCUGAUACUCCUGAGAUCCGGGGGGACUCCGACUUGACACUGGUUUGGGUUCCUCAGCCUCCUGGCCACAGUGACAGCCUUCUCUGGUGGCUACCCAGCCUGGCUUUCAGUAACCUCCUCUUCCUCCCCUGGGGGCUUGUGGGAACUUCUUGGUCUUUUCCUCACCUCCUGAGACCUGAGUGUCAAGGGUUGGUACAUUCACCUCCUACAGACCCCAGCAGAAACAUUACUCUUUCCUCCACUUAUCAGAGAAAACUUUGACCCCAAGGACUUAGCCCCAAGGCGGGAGGUCACAUCUGUCUUCCAACCUGCCUCCUCAAUUCUGUGUCUUUACAUAAUUCCCUGAGCCAGAAGGGAAUUUCUGGUGCUUUCUCUCUUGGUCAGGCUUUCUUGGGGCUUUCUGUAGCUCACAUCGUCCUCCUUUCACCCAUCCGCUGCAUCCUCACGGCUUAAUCUCAGGGCAACGUAUUACUUAUCAACUUCUGAGUAACAAACAUCCAACACGUAGUGGUUAAGCUGGAGUAUUGGAUUUGACCGAUAUAUAUCAGGCUGCUCAAAGGGUUUCUUUCUUGUUUUUAAGCCUAGAAAGUUUGGAUCUCGAGAGGUGUAAUGGAAGUCAGAUCAAAAAGAUCUAAAUUCAAAUUCCUGUCUUUCAACUUCUUUUAAGUGAUCUUGGGCAAGUCACCUAACCCCUCCACCUCAGUUUGUCAUUUGUUGGGUUGGCAUGCUAAACUCUGUCUGUUGUGGUAGCUGUGAUGUUGAAAUGAGCUACUGUGUAAAGCAAUGAACAUAGUACCUGGCAUGCAGUUUGGUGCCUAUAAUAACUGGCAGGGGCAGGGCUGUCCAGCGGGGCACAGCUCCAUGAAGCCUCCACGUCUGCCACGUCUCACCUGGCUGUCCAUGCUCAUACUUUCCAUUCUUUAACUUGUCCUGACCCCUCACCUGGACCAUCACGUUCCCUAUUUUCUUGACACUCUCUUUACUAUCUAGCGUCAUUUUCCAUCUUUGCCUCACCACUCAGAUUUGGUUCACAUUGAUGUCAUCUCAGCUAUGACUUUGUUCCCUUUAGAAGCUGAAUCUGGCCCCCAGUCCUGGUGACACCACCUGGGGCUGCUUAGUUCAUAGCCUCAUGGCCACUUGCCACUCGCCCUAGAUCUUUCUACCCCAGCACUGCUCUCACAGGCUGCAAGCACUCAACCAGACUAAACUAAGACUCCAGGUCAGGACGAGAGAGUCAGACACGAGCCUGUCCCUUGGCCAUACCCGGCACUGGAGGAAUCUCACCCAUCUCCCUUCAUCACAUGGCCCUUUUGUCUUAGGAUAGAACUCCAACGAUGAGGGAUCUCUUCUUAGCUGGAAAUCUGGGGUGUAUAUCAGUCAGGGUUUUUUCAGACAUUCAGAACUUUUAAGGGUCAUCUAGAAUAAGGGGUUACGAUGGCCACAUACAAUUGUGGGCACUCGUGGCAAAGUCUUUUACAGGCUGUUGCCUUUGCAUCUGAUGUUGGAUCUGGGUUCAACCGGCCAGCCGUUGGGAAGGAAAGCUGGGUGUGAAAUUGGCAGAGCAAAGACAAACUGGAACCCACGAGGACAAAUGGAAACCUAUGUUUGUCUCUUGCUGUCCCCAACCUCGAUGAUUUGAGUGACCUGCGCACACACACACCUGGUCCAGGACACUCGGAGAAGCCGGAAGAGGAUUUCCAGCAGGUACGGGAGGAGCUGUGGGCCUGGGUGAUGUCCCGCGCCAGCAAAAGGUGAACGAGCAGAUCAGUGACGUUGUGUAUGAGCUGCCACAGUGCCCGAUGCUCUUCACCAAUUUCCAGAGCACGGAGACAACUGUUGCUUCACGCUCCUUUUCAAAUCUCAUGUAAGUUUCUCUUGUGCCCGCUCUCACCUGGAGCCAUACAGGGAAGGGACCUCUGCAAACAUAGUUCCAGCCUCUGAGUUGACACGGAACAAAAGUCAUCACAAGUCAUCGAAGAUUAAUGCAUGAAAUAUUAAUGUGGUUGUCAACGGGGGACACCUCUGUGGAGAGCUGGGGAAGGCUCCUGAUUCAUCCAGAAUGGUUUGGCUCUAGUUUCUUUUGUAGUGGUUUUUUGUUUUGUUUUAUGCACAUGAAGCCCCUGACAUCUGACAUUCUGUCGGGGAGGCCUUGGUGCCUAGGAGCUGGCCCGGCACUCACAGCAAAGCUGUGGUGUUCUCCUGUUGAAGAUCAAUCAUUUCACAGGAUGCCAGUAUCAGUCACGAUCAUUCUGUGACUCUGAGGGAUCAAGACAGAAACAAGACUGCUUUAGAACUUGUCUAUGAAGAGACAAAAGCAAGGUUGUUAUGCAAACCAAAAAAUACCAACUAUCCCCCUCUCCUGGUUAAGAGGAGUGACUGCGACUUCUCUACCAACGACAGUGUUAGCCUCUAUUCUUCCUUCCUUCUAGAUAAGAUUUAUAAAGACAGCCAAUUAUAGAAUUGUCCCCACUUAACUGUUAGCAUGCGAUCCAGAACAAAACCCCACUGCCUCGGAACCCUCCCCCAAAUCACCUAAUAGAAGCCCAAAUCCUUUAAGAAGUUCAUUCUAAUCCUCCCUUGAUGAAAUACCCCCCAUUUCCCCACGAUGUGCCUUCUCUUUCACUUCAAGGAGCAAUAAAUUCAACUUGUUCAACUAUA